AUGCAGGCCACCAGCCUGUUUGAUACCUCUGAUGUAGAGCAUAGGAAGUUACUUAUUUCAGGUUCUCAAGAACCUUUCAGGGGGCUGAGAGAGGAAGGGUGGUACAAGCGGACGCCCCCAGCCCUGUGGCAUGGAGAGAGCCGGGGUCUUCUGGAAGGCAGAGAUGUCAACGUUCCCAUCCCUAACAGAGGAGGCAAUGGAUUGGCCCCUGGGGGUGACAGAUUCAAGCCUGUGGUGCCCUGGCCCCAUGUGGAAGGGGUGGAAGUGGACUUGGAGUCUAUUAGAAGAAAAAACAAAGCCAAAAAUGAACAAGAGCAUCAAGCUGGGGGUGUCAACCAGCAAAAUGCCCUCCAGAGACAAUAUCUCACUUUUAAGCCUCAGACACUUACCUACCAUGAUCCUGUGCUCCGUCCGGGAAUCAUUGGUAAUUUUGAACCCAAAGAACCUGAACCUCAUGGUGUUCUCGGUGGCCCUGGAGAGGAAGCAAAGCCAUAUGUUUUGGGACCAGAUUACAAAGAGUCCAUUCAUGCCAGCAUUAAAGAGUUUGGAUUUAACAUGGUGGCCAGUGAUAUGAUCUCACUGGACCGCAGCAUCAAUGAUUUGCGACAAGAAGAAUGCAAGUAUUGGCAUUAUGAUGAAAACCUGCUCACUUCCAGUGUUGUCAUUGUCUUCCAUAAUGAAGGAUGGUCAACUCUCAUGAGAACGGUUCACAGUGUAAUUAAAAGGACACCAAGGAAAUAUUUGGCAGAAAUUGUGUUAAUUGAUGAUUUUAGUAAUAAAGCACACUUAAAAGAGAGGCUAGAUGAGUACAUUAAGCAGUGGAAUGGUCUGGUGAAAGUAUUUCGAAAUGAGAGACGAGAAGGUUUAAUUCAGGCUCGAAGUAUUGGAGCACACAAGGCUAAACUGGGACAGGUUCUGAUAUACCUCGAUGCCCACUGCGAGGUGGCAGUAAACUGGUAUGCACCACUCGUGGCUCCUAUCUCUAAGGACAGGUAACAAACACUUCUGUUUUUAUUUGUUCAUUGGAUUUUUUUUUCCUUUUGUUUAAAAGUAAUCAGCCUCCUAGAGCUCAAUUUGUUAUGUCAGUUUGUCACAAUUGUUGUCUUUUUAUCCACUGGUAUUUUUUUUUAGUAGAGAUCAUCCUAGUUAGGUAUAUAAUGUCUGAUAUUUGAGAUAAACUUAGAGAUCCUCCCCAGGAAAGAAUUAACCUGUGGUUGGGCAAAUGAAGAGAUCCUUUUCUUCAUUUAUAAAUACUUUUGCCUACAAAAUAAUUUUAAAUAUUCCCAUUUAAACUGAGGCAAGCAUGAGAAAGAUUUAAAAUGACCGUGCCUUGAAAUGAGCUUGUUUGUCUGGAGGUCAGACUACACUUUCCUUGAUAAACUCUCAUGUCCUCAUAGAGAGGGAGAGGGAGAAUGUGGCAGGAAACAUAGGAACUCUUGGUGAGAAAACUCUUCCAAUGCAGAGCUGAAAUUCUUCUGCAAAUUAAAAAGAACAUCUUGGAGAAUUACCUGAGACACUGAGAGGUAAAACAACUUACCUGAGGUCAUUUAGUAUGUCUCAGAGGGAAGAUAUGAACCCAGAUGUUCCUGUUUCCAAGUUAAGCUCUUUAGUCUCUGUGUCAUCCCUGCCUUUCUUAAGUUUGUAUGCCCAUUCUUUUAUCUUCUUUUCAAAUACCCCUUCUGCAGAAGGAAGGAAGGAAGGAAAGAAGGAAGGAAGGAAG